UCAUUAUAAUGCGAUUCGAGAUGACUAAAACUAAUCUGUGGGGCGCUCUCUGUUUAGUCUUACUCUCAACCAUUGGCUACAUUCAAGCGGAUUUGGAUGUGUGCCUGGAGGAUUUGGGUUGCCUGCAUGGCACCCUGAUGCCGGACUCCAGGCAGGAGCAGUUCGAAGCCUUUAUGGGAAUACCAUUCGCCCAGCCGCCAAUAGGAGAGUUACGCUUUAAGAAUCCUGUAGCAGCAGGAGCCUGGACGGGUGUCCUGGAUGCCAGCACGCCACGUAGCCAUUGCCUGCAAAAGAAUUAUUUCAUGCCUGGCUGGCAUGUCUCUGGAGAGGAGGAUUGUCUCUAUCUCAAUGUCUACCGACCUCAAGGCGUCGCAGGUCCUUUGCCUGUUAUGGUCUACUUCCACUUUGGCGGAUUUUUCAUUGGCUCCGCAAGUCCUUUGGCCGUCGGGCCGGAGUUUCUCAUGGACACGCAGCAGGUUAUUGUGGUUACAGUUAGCUAUCGAUUGGGUCCAUUUGGCUUCCUGAGCACUGGAGAUGCUCACAUGUCUGGAAAUUUCGGUUUGAAGGAUCAGCGCUUGGCUCUGCAGUGGGUGCAGCAACAUAUCUCGUCCUUUGGCGGCAAUCCGAAUCUGGUGAGCAUCUUUGGCCACAGCGCGGGUGGAAUAUCCGCGCACCUGCACAUGCUGAGUUCCAGCUCAAAAGGACUCUUCCACCGCGCCAUGUCCUUGAGUGGCACGGCGAUGAUUGUGGCUACACUGCUAGACAAUCCACUUGAACAGGCUCAACAGCUGGCGGAACGUGUGGGCGUGGCUAACGCCAAAACCCUAGACACACAGGCGUUAGCCGAAGCUCUACGUGUAUUGGAUGCCAACGACUUACUGAAAGCCAGCGAUGUCUUUAAGCAAUGGGAUAAAUUACCCCAAAUAAACUACGGCGUGGUUGUGGAGCAGCCAGAUGCACCCGAGCCCUUCAUUACCGAGUGUCCCAUUACGGCACACCAGGCCGGACGCAUCAACCAGGUGCCCUGGCUGCUGAGCAGCACCUCGCGAGUUGGCGAAGGCGCGUUCUUCCUCAUGCACAUCUAUACGACUCCGCAGCUGCUGAAGGAGUUCAAUGAAAAUUUCCUGGAGCUCUUUGGGCUGAUGCUGUUUCUGCCCAAGGGCCACACCAAGGAAACCGUGCAAGAAAUCCUGGAAAUCUAUGGAGUGAAGGAAAUGCAACUGAAUGAGAAUACAUUGGUGGAUAUAGCGGGUAUUGUGGGUGACUUUAUGUUCAAUUACCCGGUCUAUGUGUGUGCCGCCAGCUACGCGGAAUAUUCCAAGGAGCCGGUUUCCAUUUACAGCUUUGAAUACACCAGCAAUAACACGUUUGCCGCCAUACUUGGAGGCGGACUUGUUAUGGAGGAGCUCGGCGCAUGUCACAUGGAUGACGGCGUACACACUCUGAGAAUGUCGGCAAUGUUUCCUGAUUUUCCCAAAGAUUCUGAAGAUUACCAGGUAGCCAAGCGUAUGACUUCCGUUUUGGUGGAGUUUGCCAAGAAUGGCGCUCUCCCUGACGACACCCAUUUACAGCCCUGUAAAUCUGAAGAGUUUAAGGAUGAUGAGAUAUGCAACUACUUUGUCAUGGGAAAAUUAAAUGGAGCCUAUCAUGAGGCAGUUGAAAAACGUGUGAAUAAGCGCGCAUUGGCUAUGUGGAAGAAGCUCUACCUAUCGGAUUUGGAUGUAUGCCUCCAGGAUUUGGGUUGCCUGCAUGGCACGUUGAUGCCGGACUCCAGGCAGGAGCAGUUCGAAGCCUUUAUGGGAAUACCAUUCGCCCAGCCGCCGAUAGGAGAAUUACGCUUUAAGAAUCCUGUAGCAGCAGGAGCCUGGACAGGUGUCCUGGAUGCCAGCGCACCACGCAGCCAUUGCCUGCAAAAGUGUUAUUUCAUGCCUGGUUGGCCCAUCUCCGGAGAGGAGGAUUGCCUCUAUUUGAAUGUCUAUCGGCCUCAAGGCGUAGCAGGUCCUUUGCCUGUUAUGGUCUACAUCCACGCGGGUGGGUAUCUCUGUGGCUCCGCCUGUCCUUUGGCCAGCGGUCCGGAGUUUCUGAUGGAUACGCAGCAGGUUAUUGUGGUUACAGUCAGCUAUCGAUUGGGUCCAUUUGGCUUUCUGAGCACUGGAGAUGCUCACAUGACUGGAAAUUUCGGUUUGAAGGAUCAGCGCUUGGCUCUGCAAUGGGUGCAGCAACACAUUUCGGCCUUUGGCGGCGAUCCGAAUCUGGUGACCAUCUUUGGCCACAGCGCGGGUGGAGUAUCCACGCACCUGCUCAUGCUAAGCCCCAGCUCAAAUGGACUCUUCCACCGCGCCAUGUCCUUAAGCGGCACUGCGAUGCUGGGCACUACCAUGGUAUACAACCCACUUGAACAGGCUCAACAGCUGGCAGAACGUGUGGGCGUGGCUAACGCCAAGUCCCUUGACACCCAGGCUUUGGCUGCUGCUCUACGUGCAUCGGAUGCAAACGAUUUGCUGGAAGCCGGCAACGUCUUUAAGAGAUGGGAUAGCGUACCCAUAAUUAAUUAUGCUGCAGUUGUGGAGCAGCCAGAUGCACCCGAGCCCUUCAUUACCGAGUAUCCCAUUCCGGCACAUAUGGCGGGACGCAUCAACCAGGUGCCCUGGCUGCUGAGCAGCACCUCGAGGGUUGGCGAGGGAGCCUUGUUCAUCAUGCACAUCUAUAUGAAUCCGCAGCUGCUGAAGGAGUUCAACGAGAACUUCUUGGAGCUCUUCGGCUUGAUGAUGUACCUGCCCGCGGGCCACACCAAGGAAACUGUCCAGGAUAUCCUGGAAAUGUAUGGCGUAAAGGAAAUGCAGCUGAAUGAGAAUACAUUGGUGGACCUAUGCGGCAUUCUGGGUGACUUCUUAUUCACUUAUCCGCUCUAUGUGUCAGCCUCCAGCUACGCGGCGUAUGCUCAGCAGCCAGUUUCGAUCUAUAGCUUUGAGUUUACCAGCAAAGUAACUUACGGCGCUUUGCUUACGGGCGGAGUAGUGUUUGAGCAGCUGGGCGCAUCUCACUUGGAUGAUGCCAUACACACAAUACGAAUGCCCAUAUUCUUUCCAGAUUUUCCAAAGGGCUCUGAAAAUGAUAUCGUGACCAAGCGCUUGGCUUCCUUGUUGGUGGAGUUUGCCUGGAAUGGACAAACGAUAACUAACCAUCUCGGAUCAGACAUGAUUCAUGCGGGACUUACUUUACCUAUGCUGUCGGUGCUGCUGCUGCUGAUGCUGCUCGGCUCUGGCCAAUCGACGCCAUCAAUUGCUGUCGCCCAGAAGGCCUUGAUUGUCUGCGGCGGCAGCUUGGGCUGCCUCAAGGGCAUCCACAUGCCGGGCUAUCAGAUCAAGCGAUUCGAGGCAUUUCUUGGCAUUCCCUACGCCCUGCCGCCAGUAGGCAAAUUGCGCUUCAGCAAUCCCAAAGUGAUGCCCAAGCUGCGUGGCAUUUACAAUGCCAGCGUAGCCAAGCCGGACUGCAUACAGAAGAACUAUCUGUUGCCCACGCCGCUGAUCUACGGCGAGGAGGAUUGCCUGUACCUGAAUGUGUAUAGGCCAGAGCGUCGUUCCAGGCAGCCGCUGCCUGUCAUGGUCUACAUACAUGGCGGUGGAUUCUUUAGCGGCUCUGCGGGGCCGCAGCUGACUGGACCCGAGUACUUCAUGGACACGGGCGAGGUGAUCCUAGUGAGCAUGGCCUAUCGCCUGGGCGCGUUGGGAUUCCUGUCCACGCAGGACUCGGCUGUGCCUGGCAAUUUUGGGCUCAAGGAUCAGCAGCUGGCGCUGCGCUGGGUGCAGCGGCACAUCAAGUUCUUUGGCGGCGAUCCGCGCCGCGUGACCAUCUUUGGCCAGAGCGCAGGGGGCGUGGCCACGCACCUGCACAUGCUGAGCAGCAGAUCGGCGGGCCUCUUCCAGCAGGCGAUCAGCAUGAGCGGCACGGCCAAUGUGCCCUUUUCCAUCGAGCAGGAGCCGCUGCAGCAGGCACGUCGCACCGCCGAGCUGUGCCACGUGGAGAACGCCCAGAAUCUGAGCACGCCCAAGCUGGCGCGCGCCCUGCGUGCCGUGGAUGUGCAAACUCUGCUCAAUGCCGGAGAUGGCCUGAAAUUCUGGAAUGUCGAUCACAUGUCCAACUACCGCCCGGUGGUGGAGUCCAGCUCCGAGGACGCCUUCCUCUCCGUCCACCCGAAGCAGCUGCUGGCCGAGGGCAGCUACCAGCAGGUGCCCUGGCUGCUGAGCACCGUGCCCCAGGAGGGCGCCGUCCGGGUGGUCAAUAUAAUGGAGAACGUGACGCUGCGCCAGGACUUCAAUGCCCGUUUCGAUGAGCUGCUCCAGGAGCUGCUCGAGCUGCCCAAGGAGUUCAGCGCGGAGCAGCUGGCGCAGACUAUGCAGCUCGUUAUCGAAAAGUACUUCCAGAACUCACACGAACUGAACGAGCAGACGGUGCAGGGUUUCCUCGAUCUCAUCUCGGACAGGGGCUUCAAGCAGCCACUGUACAAUGCCAUCUGGCAGCAUCUGAGCCCGGUGCACGCUAGCCAACAGCCACUGUACCUGUACAGCUUCAACUACCGGGGCCCGCUCAGCUAUGCCUCCGUCUAUACCAGCGCCAAUGUCGGCCAGAAAUACGGCGUCGUGCAUUGCGACGAUCUGAUCUAUCUCUUCCGCAGUCCGAUGCUCUUUCCCGACUUUGAACGCAACUCGACGGAGGCGCGCGUCGUCGAAUCGCUCGUGGGCUACUUUGUGCACUUUGCCAAGUUCGGCAAACCUAGAAAUGCGGAAACACUGACUCGCUGCACGGAAAGCAUUCUGGAGUCACGACCCGCAGGCAUUUGCGAUCAUCACGUGUUCGACAAUGCGCUCAACGAUCCGAAACAAUUCGAGGUGAACGUUUCGCAAAAUUUCCGCUCAACCAGCGCCAAGUUCUGGAAUGAUAUACUAGGCGAGCCAAAGCGUUACUAAAACAAGAAACAAACAAAACAAAACAAAACUUAAUU